UAGUGCAGUCCCAGUGACUGAUUGGCUCUGGGUUGAAUUUGACGUUGGUCGUGGAGUGUGUGGAAGUGUGCUUAAUUUAUUUUAGUUUUUGCUUUUGUAAUUAAAUAAGGAAUAAAUAAAACUAUUACUAGGACUUUGGUCAGAGAAAACUUUAGAGAAUUGCUGCUUGCCUAGUAAUCUGUUGUGGUUAAAAUCAGAAGAGUGAAAAAAUGCUACGAAUUAGUGCAAUUGCCACGCGAAAUGCAAGGAAUAUUGUAAAUGGCGAAGUCAGAAGAUGUUUGUCAGCUACCGCAGCUCAGCCAAAACAUAAAGUCGACGUUAAACAAGAACGUGCUACCGAACGUCAAAAUAUGUCAUUCAUGGCGAACAUGUUCAGAGGAGAAUUAGAGCCGUCGCAAGUGUUUCCAUACCCAGAUGUACUAAAUGCUGAUCAGAAAGAAAUGAUCACAAUGCUUGUUGACCCGUUUGAACGUUUUUUCCGUGAUAUCAAUGAUCCUGUGAAAAAUGAAGAAAUUUCGAAGUUACCUACUGAAACAGAAAACUCCCUCUGGGAACUAGGCGCUUUCGGAAUUCAAGUUCCUAAUGAAUUGGGCGGAAUGGGACUUAAUAAUACACAGUACGGUCGCAUGUGCGAAAUAGUCGGUGUGAACGAUUUAGGAUUAGGAAUUGUGAUUGGUGCUCACCAAAGUAUUGGAUUCAAAGGAAUUUUACUGUUCGGAACUGAUGCGCAAAAGCAGAAAUACCUUCCGAAAGUUGCUUCAGAAAAAGUUUAUGCUGCUUUUGCUCUAACCGAACCGAGCUCAGGUUCGGAUGCCGGUUCAAUUAGGUGUAGAGCGGUGAAGUCUCCUGAUGGAAAACAUUAUAUUCUGAAUGGAUCAAAAAUCUGGAUAUCUAACGGAAACAUCGCCGAAAUCAUGACUGUGUUUGCGCAAACAGAAGUUACAGACCCGAAAACUGGUGAAAAAAAGGAUAAAGUUACGGCAUUCAUCGUUGAACGGGGUUUCGGUGGAGUGACGAGCGGUCCUCCCGAGAAGAAAAUGGGGAUCCGCUGUUCCCAAACGGCGGAAGUUUAUUUCGAGGAUGUAAAAAUUCCAAUUGAGAACGUACUCGGUAAAGAAGGGGAUGGAUUUAAAGUGGCAAUGAAUAUCCUUAACAACGGACGAUUUGGAAUGGCUGCUACGCUAUCAGGAACAAUGAGGCUAUGCAUCCAAAAGGCAUCGGAACAUGCCGCUAAUCGUGUUCAGUUUGGAAAAAAAAUACAUAACUUUGGUGCCAUUCAAGAGAAGCUAGCUCGAAUGGCUUUACAUCAGUAUGCAACUGAAUCAAUGGCGUAUACCAUUUCUCAAAAUAUGGAUUCAGGUAGUCAAGAUUACCAUUUGGAAGCGGCAAUUUCGAAGGUGUUCGCCUCUGAAUCCGCAUGGUUCGUUUGUGAUGAAGCCAUACAGAUCCUCGGAGGUAUGGGUUAUAUGCAGUCAGCUGGCCUUGAAAAAUUUAUGCGAGAUUUGCGAAUUUUUAGAAUUUUUGAGGGAACCAAUGACAUUCUAAGAUUAUUCGUUGCAUUAACUGGAAUCCAAUAUGCUGGUUCACAUUUGAAGGAACUUCAGCGGGCGUUUAAAAAUCCUGCUGCUAACCUUGGGUUAAUAUUCAAAGAAUCGUCUAGACGCGCCUUCCGUUCGGUCGGAAUUGGUGGUGUCGAUCUAAAUCCGUAUUUGCACAAUGAUUUGCGUGAAUGCGGCAAACAAGUUUCUGAAUGCAUGAAUGAAUUUGGAAAAGCUGUGGAACAGCUCUUGGUCAAACAUGGUAAAAAUAUUGUAGACCAGCAAUUUAUGCUUAAUAACUUAGCCAAUGCAGCUAUUGACAUUUACGCCUCAGUGGUUGUUCUGUCAAGAGCUUCGCGUGCUGCGAAGCUGAAUCUUCCGACGGUCGAGAAUGAACUCUUGUUAGCGAAGACUUGGUGUACAGAUGCUUCCUACCGAGCUUUGCUGAACUUGAAGAAAACAGGGAGCAACGAUCAUGUCGAUUUGUAUAAUCAAAUGACUAAAAUAUCGAAUACUGUGAUCGAAAAUGAUGGAGUUUUCACAACACGCCCAAUCGACUAAGACAUAAUUUAAAAUUAUUUUAAGCAACCGAUGUCUUGUUUUUCUGUACAAAAUAAAUUGUAAAUAAGUUAU